GCCAUGGCGUACUUUGAGCAGCUGAAGGAGUCCCAGGAUGCCUGGGAGGUUUGUGCUGAGGCCCUCGCUACAGGGAUUUACAACGACGACCAUGUGAAGUUCUUCUGCUUCCAAGUGUUGGAGCAUCAGAUAAAGUUCAGACACGCCGGUCUGAGCGGCGCUCAGCAGCAGCUCAUCAGGGAGACUCUGAUGAAGUGGCUCCAAUGUCAGCUAAUGAACGCCCAGCCCGAGAAGCCCUUCAUCCGGAACAAGGCGGCCCAGGUUUUCGCCCUCACCUUCGUCAUGGAGUACCUGACCCUGUGGCCCAAGUUCUUCUUCGACAUCCUGUCCCUGGUGGGUCUGAACCCGCACGGCGUGGACGUCUACCUGCGGACGCUCAUGGCCAUCGACGCCGAGGUGGUGGACCGAGACAUCCUCCACUCGCCCGACGAGAUGCGCAGGAACUCUUUGAUCAAAGACAGCAUGCGGGAGCACUGCAUCCCCCACCUGGUGGAGUCCUGGUUCCAGAUCCUGCAGGCCUACCAGCGGUCCCACCCGGAGCUCACCUGCCAGUGUCUGGAGGUGGUGGGUCUGUUCGUGUCCUGGAUCGACCUGAACCUCAUCGCCAACGACCGGUUUGUGAACCUGCUGCUCAGUCAGAUGUCGGUGGAGGAGCUGAGAGAGGAGGCCUGCGACUGCCUGUUUGAAAUAGUCAACAAAGGGAUGGACCCCGUCGAUAAAACCAAGCUGGUGGAGUCGCUGUGCCGAGUCCUGCAGUCUGCCGGGUUCUUCAACGUGGAACAGGAAGAGGACGUGGACUUCCUGGCCAAGUUCUCCCGGCUGGUGAACGGCAUGGGCCAGAGUCUGGUCCUCAGCUGGACCAAGCUGGUGAAGACGGGCAACGUGAAGGACACGGCGGAGACGCUGCAGGCCUUGGAGAGCAAAGUGCCGCUGCUGCUGCAGCUGCUGGUGCACGAGGACGACGACAUCUCGGCCAACGUCGUCGGCUUCUGCUACGAGUACCUGCACGUCCUCAAGCAGGUGAGGGGCACGUCCUCAAACCACGUCCUCAAGCAGGUGAGGGGCACGUCCUCAAGCAG